GGGUACGCAAGCGCACGCGCUUCCUGUUGUCCUUGCUGUACUUCAUGGUGAUGGUGGGGAUUGUGAUGUUGGCCGUGGCCAAUCAGCAUGGCUACCCCAAGCAGGCUAUGGACACCCGCUGCUACCCCUGUUUGUGCAGCAAUGGCCAGAUGCCUGGCACCCUGCGUCUGGAAAGUUGUUGGUUGGCCUCCACCCUGCGUUUCAAGUAUUUGAACCUGGCGAACCGGGGAAUCAGUGAGUUGGAGCCACGCGCCAUGCAUCCCCUGGGUGAAGAUUUGCUGAUUCUAUCCUUGGCUUCCAACAACCUGCAGAACUUGCCCCCGGGCUUCUUCGGAGGACUUCGGGAGGCGCGACUGCUUGAUUUGAGCCAUUGUAUGCUGCAAGACCUGAAUCGCGGCCACUUCGAAGGUCUAGUGCAAGUGGGCUCGCUGUCCUUGAGUGGCAACCACAUCCGCCAGCUGCCGCCGGAUGUCUUCGAACCCAUGCCCCAGCUGAAACAGAUACUGCUGGGUGGCGAGCGUCGGAAUGUGGGUGAUGAAGAGCUUUUGGUGCUGGGGAAUCUGCUUUCAGAGCUUCCCGCUGGCAUUUUUAAGGACCUCCAAUGGCUGGUGCGGGUGGACAUCAGCCAAAACCGCCUGUCAUCCGUGCCGCGGGGCGUUUUCGAGUCCUUGCCACGCCUGGCGCAAAUUGAGCUGCGCGACAACUUGCUGCAGGCAGCAGGGUGGGGCGUGAUUGGUGAUUUGGUGAUUGACGGCGGAGAGUGGUCAGAUGUUGUCGCCAAGAGGUCCCGCCUCUCCAAACUGGGUGUUGGGACUCUGAAAUGGGGACAGAAAUGUAGCUUUUCUCUGAAGCGCUUUGCUGGGGUGAAGUUGGUGGUCUUGGUGCCAUUGCGGAUUGGCACAGAUGACCUCGGAUCCCCAGCGGAAGUGGCCAGAAAUUGGCGCAUCGAGCCCGGCGCUUUCAGCAAGGUGCCAUCGCUGAGGCGCUUGGAUCUGGCGCGGAAUCAGUUGGAGGGGAUGCUGUCCGUGGCUGCGGCGACAGGCCUUGGCAACUUGGAACAGCUGAACCUGUCGCGGAACCACUUGCAGGGUAUCGAGUCAGGCGCCUUGGCCCUGCUAAGGCGCCUGCGAGUUCUGGAUUUGUCCAGCAACGAGCUCAGGAACUCCUCCUGGGCCGCCGUGGGGCUCCACUACUUGACCUCCUUGGAGGUGCUGUGCCUGGCGGAGGUGUACCUUCCCACGCUGCCGCCCUUGCCCAGCUCCCUCCGCCGCUUGGAGUUGCAAGGCAGCCGCUUGCGGAAUCUUAGUGGUUCAGCUUUCCACAACCUGAAGCAACUCGAGACACUGCAACUGCAGCAGAAUUUUCUAGGGCCCAGUUUGCCGCUGACGCUCUUCCGCGACCUCGAAGCGCUUCGCACUCUGAAGCUCGGUCGGAACCAACUGAAAGACCUGGAGCCUACCCAUUUCCAGGGCUGUGAGAACUUGGAGACCUUGGAUCUGUCGGAGAAUUUCCUGUCCAACUUGAGCGCUGGCACGU